AUGGAGACUAAACUAUUAACAAAGAAGUUUGAUGCUGUAAAAAAGAAGUUGGGAUGUGUUGGCUGUUUUGUAGUGGAUGCUAGAGGAAAUAGUGGAGGAUUGACUCUCUUAUGGAAUCAAGAGGUUAAUCUUGAGGUGCUGAAUUUUACUCAACACCACAUUAGUGUCUUGGUGAUGCAUGAUGAUGGUGUAAGGAAAUGGAUAUUGACUGGAUUUUAUGGCCAUCCAGAGGUCUCUAAAAGAAGUGCAGUUUGGAGUCUAUUAUCUAGCCUGAAACCUGCAAAGGAGCAAGGGUGGUGUGUGAUCGGUGAUUUUAAUGAAAUAAUCACACAAUCUGAGAAGGUUGGGGGGAGGGAGAGGCCUGAAGGGCAGAUGGAAGGGUUCAGACAAUGCCUAGAGAACUGCAAUCUCUUUGACCUGGGAUGGAAGGCCAUGAAUACCUGGUCGAAUCAACACAUAGAUGACACUUUUACCAAAAAAAGGCUUGAUAGGGCUGUUGCUAAUCCUUCAUGGUUGGAGAUCUUUAAAGAAAGGGGGGUAGAGACUUUGAUUGCUAGGCAGUCGGAUCAUAAGCCCAUUCUACUCACCUUGAUUGAAAACCAACCUUGUAUAAGGAAUAGAAAGAGACUAUUUAGAUUUGAGGCAAAAUGGAGUUUAGAUGAGGAAGGUGGAAGGGUUGUGGAAGAUGCAUGGGAAAGAACCUUGGAAACAAAAAAUUUAUUGAUCAAGGUUCAAAGGAAGCUGAAAGCAUGUAGUGGAGACCUUCUUAGAUGGAAUUCUCAGAAAGCUAGUGAUGGAGAAAAGGAGAUAUUAAGGCUGUCUGAGAGGUUGAAAAUGGAGCAAGCAACUGAGAGUUCUCACAAUGUUUCUAUUGUGAGGAAAUUGCAAAAGGAGUUAGAGGAGGAAAAGAAUCGCAUUAGUGAGAUUAUAGAUGAUCAAGGAAGAUGUGUGAAAGAUCAGAAGGGAAUUGAAGAGGUGUUUUUCCAGUACUAUAGCAAUCUGUCCAGCCCUUCAACAGAUGAUAUAGCUGCUGGUUUAUGGGGAAUAGAGAGCAAGGUAUCUGGUUUAAUGAAUGAAGAAUUGCAGAAGGAUUUCACUAUGCUAGAAGUUGAGGCAGCACUCAAAGAUAUGGGACCUUUGAAAUCUCCUGGACCAGAUGGCUUUGGAGCAUGCUUAUAUCAGAAUUACUGGAGUACUAUUGGAGAGGAGGUAUGUCAAGCUGUUUUAUCCUUCUUAAAUGAAAAAUCUGGGUUGGAUGGGUCCAUUAAUUUUACUCAUAUUGCUUUAAUUCCCAAAAUUGAUAAACCUGUUAUAGCUAGUGACUUUCGGCCUAUAAGCCUAUGUAAUGUUUUGUAUAAAUUAGUGUCAAAAGUCUUAGCUAAUAGGUUAAAGAAAGUGCUGCCAGUGAUCAUCUCAAAGAACCAAAGUGCAUUCCUCCCUGGAAGAUUAAUUACAGACAAUGUAAUGGUUGCAUAUGAGGCUUUGCAUACCAUGAAAACAAGGCAAAAAGGAAGGAUUGGUAGCAUGGCAUUGAAGUUGGAUAUCUCAAAGGCAUAUGAUAGAAUUGAGUGGGGUUUCUUGGAGGCCAUAAUGAGGAAGCUUGGCUUUGGUGAAAGGUGGAUUAGAUUGGUGAUGGUGUGUGUUACUUCUGUAACAUAUUCUGUGUUGGUUAAUGGGCAGCCAUGUUGCACUAUCAAGCCUUCUAGGGGAAUACGCCAAGGAGACCCUAUUUCCCCAUACUUGUUCAUCCUUUGUGCUGAGGGCUUUAGCUCACUUGUUGACAUGGGUGAAAGGAGGGGUGAUAUAAGUGGUGUUGCUGUAACCAGAGGAGGUAUAAGAGUAAAUCAUUUACUCUUUGCUGAUGACUCUGUCAUUUUUGGGAGGGCCAAGUUGUCUGAGUGGUUUAAGAUUCAAGAUCUACUCAGUAUAUAUGAGAGGGCUUCAAGACAGAGUCUAAACAGGCAGAAAACUACAAUUUUCUUUAGCUCCAACACACCAAUGUCAGUAAGGAGACAGAUUCAGCAAGUUGCAGGAGUUGCUACCUGUGGCAAUUUUGAAAAAUACCUUGGUCUUCCUUCUAUUGUAGGCAGAUCAAGGUAUAAUACUUUUAGGAUUUUAAAAGAAAGAGUUUGGAAUAAGGUGAAUAACUGGAAGAAUACAUUCCUUUCACAGGCAGGGAAGGAAAUACUCUUGAAAGCUGUUGUCCAAGCAAUCCCAACGUAUUCAAUGAGUGUCUUCAUGCUUCCAAGGAGAUUGUGUAAAGAAAUUGUUGUAGUUAUGGCCAAAUUCUGGUGGGGACAUAUGCAAAAUGAUAGAAGAAUCCAUUGGAGGGGUUGGUCAAGGAUGGGAGAUUCAAAGAAAAGAGGAGGGUUGGGUUUUAGGGAACUUGAGAGCUUUAAUAAAGCUAUGUUGGCUAAACAAGUGUGGAGGAUGUUGAAUAAUCCCUCUUCUUUGGUUGCAAGGGUUAUGAAGGAGAAAUAUUUUAAAAGAGAGAACUUGUUGGAAGCUAGAUUGGGUCGUGGUCCUUCAUUGAUAUGGAGGAGUCUGUGGUCCUCUAUGAGCUUGAUUAAGUCUGGUCUGAUUUGGCAAGUUGGGAGGGGCAAUAAAAUUAAGGUUUGGAAGGACAAAUGGAUUCCAUCAUCCUCUUUUCAUAUGGUGUCCUCUCCAGUGAAUUUAUUAGAUGAAGAUGCUUGUGUUAACCAACUCAUUGAUGGGUAUACAGGCCAUUGGAAGACAGAGUUGAUUUCUAAAGUUUUCAGUGCAGAAGAUGCUGAAGCUAUCUGCUGCAUUCCUCUUAGUAGGAUGGGAUCUGAAGACAGAAUGAAGUGGGGCUUCUCAAGUAAUGGUCUGUUUUCUGUAAGGAGUGCUUAUCAUCUUGAGCAUGCGAGGGUAAUAGCUGAAAAGGGGGAAAGUUCAAAUGUGGUUGAAAAUGAAUUUGGUUGGAAAUCAAUAUGGAAGUUAAAAGUGCAGGGAGUGGUAAAACAUUUUCUGUGGAAGGCCUGUCAUGACCUGCUACCAACCAGAAUGAAUUUGGUUAAGAGAAAAAUUAUUGAUAGUAGCUUGUGCCCAAUAUGUGAGAGGGAAGAGGAGUCAACUGUACAUGCUUUGUGGAGUUGCCCAUCUGCAUCAUAUGUGUGGGCAGAGAAUGACAGUCCUGUCAAGAAAUGGGCAUGUUCAGUAGUGAACUUCAUGGAACUCUGGAAGAAGCUGAAUUAUUGUUUGGAGGAGGAGAAGGUUGGUUUGGUGGCCUGCACUUUGAGGAGAAUAUGGCUGAGAAGAAAUGCAGUUAUAUUUGAAAAGAAUUUUGAAUGUCCGAAAGUAUUAACUAGUAUUGCUCAACAGAAUUUUGCUGAAUUCAGUGAAGCAAAUUCUGGUCCCAAGUCUGCUCAGGUUAAUAGAAGUUAUGCUAGAUGGAAGAAGCCCGAUGUGUUGGUCUGUAAAUUUAAUUGGGAUGCUGCCAUUGAUGCUACUAAGAAGAGGGUGGGAGUUGGGAUCAUAGUGAGGGACUCGGAUGGGGAAAUUCUAGCUUGCCUGUGCUUAAGUGUGAAUUAUUUGCUGAAACCUGCUUGUGCCGAGGCAUAUGCUUUGAGAAGGGCUAUGUUUUUUUGCUUGGAGUUGGGCUGUACAGAUGCUGUUUUUGAAGGUGAUUCCCUGAUGGUGGUUAAGGCUGCCAAUGGUGAAGAUGAAAUGAGUACAGAUUAUAGUGUUAUAAUUGAAGAUACUAGGAAAAUGCUUAACAACAAUGGGAGGUGGUCUGUAAAGUUUACUCAUAGGGAAGCUAAUAAUGUAGCUCAUAUGCUAGUCAAAUUGGCUCUUGAUUGUAGUGAUGAAAUUGUUGAAAUAUUUGCUAGGGGAAGGUCAAAGUGUGCUAGACCAAGGGAAGGAGGUUCUUCUAGUAGUACGGUCAAGAUCGACGAUUUUCAAGAUCUUCUCUUUGACAGCCGCUCAUUGACGUCAGUGUUCGUGGAGCACAGUUGGUCACUAGUUCUGGACCAAAGGGACGAGGCAUUCCUGUUCUUGGCAUAUAUUGAUAUCGUAACUGACUUUUAUAGAGGGCUCAAUGCCUCUGGUCAGGAUGUUGAUUACAUACUUUCCGAUUUUAUCGGCAUGGCACAUUUGGGGAUUGCAUAUCCAAACGUGGUGCAUAGGGAGUCUGCAACUAAUGAGGAGACAGUUGACGAUGAGGGCACUGAUAUUGAUGGACUAGAUGGCCUCUCAGAUGCUGAGGUGUAUAGGUUGGUUGUUGGUUCAGAUGCCUCUCCUUAUGAUGGGAUGUAG